CCUUGGAGACGUGUCGCGACACGUCCUUUUAUGUACCUUUAUGGAAAUCUCACUCUGGGGAUAUACUGAGAGCGCAAACACCUCGCUUUUAACUUCAAGUGCUCGUCUCAUCCUCUUUGCCUCACUGUGACUUUGAAGAUUCUCAUGAUGAAGUCAAAGCGCUCGAGAGCAGCGACCAGCCCCAUCGAGGUUGCCAAUCGCAAGACUGAUGAAGAGUUUAUUGCUGACUAUUUGCUUCCUGACAACGCCAAGGAAUCCUCCUGGGUGACAGCCUGGACUCACCCAAGGACGGGAGCCAAAUACACAAUCAGCUUGGCACAACCGGCAAACCUCAAACAAGAAGAUCUCGAUGCUUGUUUUGACCUUCUUGUCGAAACAAGCAAGAAGGACUAUGAGAAUUCGGCAGGGAGGUGGCACCCGGACAAAAAGCUCAACGAAAUGAGGUCUCCAGAACUGAGGUAUGUCCUUGUCAAGGAGGAAGAGACUGGCAAACUUCGGGGUUUCACGUCUUUGAUGCCGACUUACGAGGAGGGAGAACCGGUGGUGUAUUGUUAUGAGGUUCAUCUGAAGCCAGAUCUGCAGGGGACCGGGUUGGGAUCUUUACUGAUGAGCUUCCUUACGGCUGUUGCUGUUAAUUUGCCGCCGAUAACCAAGGUUAUGCUCACUUGUUUCUUGUCCAACGCUCGUGGGUUGGCGUUUUAUAGGAAGCUUGGGUUUGAGAGGGAUGACAUCUCCCCUGUGCCGAGGAUUCUACGGGGGAAGGUGAUCGAGCCGGAUUAUUUGAUUAUGAGCAAGAGGAUAAGGCCGGAUUCUGAGUCUAACUAA